AGCAACAUAGGGAUGGUCUGCCACUUUUUCUUUCUUAACUGUCGCUUCUCAGGACUUUGUUCUCCAAAAGAGAAAAUUGAAGAAGGAAGGAAGAAUGGCUGUUGGACUGUGUGAAUCCCAGGGGUUGGUAACCUUUAGGGAUGUGGCUCUAGGUUUUUCCCAAGAAGAGUGGGAAUGGCUGAGCCCAUCUCAGAAGACUUUAUACAGAGAUGUCAUGUUGGAGAACUACAGGAAUUUGGUAUGGCUUGGACUCUCCAUUUCCAAGCCCAACAUGAUCUCCUUAUUGGAGCAAGGGAAGGAACCUUGGAUAGUGGAGAGAGAGAUGUCAGAUGGUCAAUAUACAGACUGGGAGUCUUGGUAUGAAAUUAAGGAAUUAUCUCCAAAAUGGUACAUUGAUGAUGAAGAGGAAAUAUCUCAGAGCAUAGUAAUGGAGAGACUUAUAAGUCAUGACAUUGAAUGCUUGGGUUUCAAAAAAACUUGGAAAUAUAAGUGUGAAUUUGAGAAGCGGCAUGGAAAUCAGGAGAGGCAUUUCAGGAAAGUGGCAAGUCUUAAGGAAAUCUAUGCUAUGAAAAGAGACAAUGACUAUAAUAAUUCUGAAAGAAGUGUUAUCUUGAAGUCAGUACUUUUAACACAACAGAGAGUUCCGACAGUACAGCCAGUACAUCAAUUUGAUAUCUAUGAUCAAAUGUUCCCCCCAAAUUCAGUCCCAGUGGAGCACAAAAGACGUGCUGAGAAGGAAUCUUUAGUAGGUAAUGAAUAUGAAAAAUUUAACCAGAGUUCAUACCUUAGUAAAGCUAGAGGAAUUCCUCUUGGGGAAAAACAUUAUGAAAGUAAUGAUUUUUCAAAUGUCUUAAGUUUCCACUCAUUAUUUACUCAACGUCAAACAACACAUUUUGGAAAAUUACCCAAUGAAUGUGGCGAUGCCUUUAGCUGUUACUCAUUCUUUACUCAACCUCAGAUAAUUCGCAGUGCAGAGAAACCUCAUGCAUGCAAUGACUGUGGAAAAGCCUUUAACCAUGACUUCUUUCUCAGUGAACAUCAGAGAACUGAUAUUGGAGAGAAAACAUAUGAAUGUAAGGUAUGUAACAAAGCCUUUAGACAGAGUGCACAUCUUGCUCAACAUCAGAGAAUCCACACUGGAGAAAAACCCUUUACAUGCAAUGAAUGUGGAAAGGCCUUUAGUCGUUUUGCCUUCCUUGUUGAACAUCAAAGAAUUCACACAGGAGAGAAACCAUAUGAAUGUAAGGAAUGUAACAAAGCCUUCAGACAGAGUGCACAUCUUAAUCAACAUCAGAGAAUUCACACUGGAGAGAAACCCUAUGAAUGUAAUCAGUGUGGAAAAGCCUUCAGCAGACGCAUAGCCCUUACUCUGCAUCAAAGAAUUCAUACAGGAGAGAAACCCUAUAAAUGUAAUGAAUGUGGGAAGACCUUUGGCUAUCGCUCACACCUUAAUCAACAUCAUAGAAUUCAUACUGGAGAGAAGCCCUAUGAGUGCAUCAAAUGUGGGAAGUUUUUCCGAACUGAUUCACAACUUAAUCGACAUCAUAGAAUUCAUACUGGAGCGAGACCUUUUGAAUGCAGUAAAUGUGGGAAAGCCUUUAGUGAUGCUUUAGUUCUAAUUCAUCAUAAGAGAAGUCAUGCAGGAGAGAAACCCUAUAAAUGUAACAAAUGUGGGAAGGCCUUCAGUUGUGGCUCAUACCUUAAUCAACAUCAGAGAGUUCAUACUGGGGAGAAACCCUAUGAAUGCAAUGAAUGUGGGAAAGCUUUCCAUCAGAUCUUGUCCCUUAGGCUACACCAGAGGAUUCAUGUUGGAGAAAAACCCUAUAACUGUUAAUGAAUGUGGGAAUGAUUUUAGCUGUGCCUUAGCCCUUAGACAGCAGCAGUAAAUUCAUAAUUAAACUCUCUGAUUAUAACAAGUACUAGAGGUGUGGUGCAUGAAUUUGUGCACCAGCGGGUCCCUCGGCAU